AAGCUGAGAAGAAUCUGCGAGCUUAUCGGUCUCUUCCCCGCAUUCACUGUCGUUGUCUAGGUCAUUAACGGCAAAGAACUCAUGAACUCCAUCUCCGCAGGUCACGUCCAUGCUCUUGCCCACGUCAUGAAACGCUCCAGCGGCCGCGUGCUCAUAGUGCGCAGGAAGUAUCAUGACGAGUCAUUCGGCUUCCGCAAAGCACGCGAGUUUACCAUCCCAGACUAUACUUCUGAGCAGCUUGCCAACCGCGCAACUAAUGCUCCCUUGCUUCGAUAUGCUGACGCUUUGCGCAUACAUGGACACAGAGCCGCGUCUAUCGACCCUCUUGACCUCCUCCGUCGCGAGCGCGUCGCCGCACUUGACCCUGUGCGGUACGGCUUUGACGACCCCAACCGUGCGUUUGAUGUAGACGGCAUCCUCUGGACCGGUGAGGACAAACAGAAAUGGACCCUCGACAACAUCACCUCCUUCCUCAACUCUGUCUACGUCGGCCGCAUUGCGUAUGAAUACAUGGACCUCCCAAGCAAGACAGAGAGGCUGUGGUUUGCGAAGCUAUUGGAGUCUCAGAGUGCCUUGGAGCCCGUGACUGUCAUCGAUGCAGAUAGACGAAAGAACAUACACGCUCUUCUCGCCAAGUCUGAGGUGUUGGACAACUUCUUACAAGUCAAGUUUCCGAAUUUGAAGAGAUAUGGACUCGAGGGCGGGGAGUCCAUGCUACCCGCAUUAGAUGCGCUAUUCGAGGCUGCGUCCAAAGCUGGCAUAACUCAACUCAUCCUUGCUAUGCCUCACAGGGGACGCCUUAACCUGCUUACGGGUCUCCUAGAAUAUAAUCCUAUUGCCCUGUUUCACAAAAUCAAGGGCGGGUGUGAAGUCGAUGAAUCCUUGGGGGUUUCCGGGGACGUCCUCAGUCAUCUUGUUGCGUCUCCGACGUUACAGUACGGUGAAAUUGAUGGCAUUAAGGUCUCGUUGCUGCCCAAUCCAUCCCAUUUGGAGGCCGUGAGUCCCGUUGCACUUGGCAAAGCCAGAGCGAAGCAGUAUAGCUUGCUUAGAACCCCAUCUCAUGGUAAUAACCAAGAAUGCAUGCUUGGCGAUAAGGUUAUGUGCGUCCAGCUGCACGGCGAUGCAAGCUUCACAGGACAAGGGGUAGUAAUGGAAACUCUUGGUUUGAGCGGUCUUCCACACUUCACGAGCGGCGGAAGUGUCCACAUUGUCGUCAAUAUCGGAUAUACCACUCCAGCCUCAUCUGCCCGCUCUUCCCUCUACUGCAGUGACGUCGCUAAGAUGAUAAACUGUCCAGUUCUGCACGUCAACGGAGACUACCCCGAAGAUGUAGUUCGUGCUGUCGACAUUGCCUUCAAGUACCGUAACCACUUCCGCAAGGACAUCGUUAUCGACCUCAUCGUCUAUCGCCGCUGGGGACACAACGAGCUCGACGAACCAGCAUUCACGCAACCUCUCAUGUACGAGAAGAUUCGUUCAAGGAAGUCUGUACCGAGGUUGUAUGAGGAUAAACUUAUCUCGGACGGUGUGAUCUCCCUUGAAGUAGCACGAGCUGUCCGAGACAGUUACAAAGCCUCACUGAAUGCUGCACUGACGGAUGUAGCGUCGUAUGUCCCCCCUCCUGUGAGCUUUGAGGGCGCGUGGAAAGGCAUGGUUUGGCCGGCGUCUCCCGACGCGCGUCAAGAAGAGACGGGCGUGAGUAGCACAGUGCUCAGGGACGUUGGAAUGGCCAGUGUACGUAUUCCUGAAGGAUUUGAAAUCCAUCCGCGAUUGAACAGGCAUGUGAAGAACCGUCUUGGGAGCAUCGAGAAUGGUGACAUGAUUGACUGGGCAAGUGCGGAGGCGAUGGCGUUCGGCUCGCUGAUGCUUGAGGGGUGUGAUGUGCGCAUUGCGGGACAGGAUGUAGGGAGAGGGACGUUUAGUCAUCGCCACGCGAUGUUGGUGGACCAGAAGACGGAGGGCGUGAUUGUUCCGCUGAACCAGGCGCUUGCGGAGGCGAAUGGCAAGCUGGAGCUGGCGAAUACAUCUUGGGAACGACCUGAUCUGUUGCCCAUCUGGGAGGCACAGUUUGGCGAUUUCUUUAAUGGCGCACAAGUUAUCAUUGACACAUUCAUUGCGAGUUCAGAAACUAAAUGGCUGAAGCAGAGCGGCAUUGUCCUGCUCCUCCCUCACUGUUGCCGUAUAGAGCGGAUGCUGCAGAAAAUUCCAAACGUAAACAUGCACGUGGUGUUCCCGACCACGUCUGCACAGUACUUCCAUCUUUUACGCCGCCAGAUCAAACGGAACUACAGGAAACCGCUUAUUGUAGCUGCUCCCAAGGGACUGCUUAGACUUGCUGACAUGGGCCCAGGAACCGUAUUUCAGCCCGUUCUCAUGACCCAGGCGACCCUCACAGACCCCAAAGCCGUCCAGCGCGUCGUGCUGCUCAGCGGCAAGAUCUACUACGACCUCGCCAAAGAGCGCGCUGCACGCAACCUCGAAUCACGCGUCGCCCUCGUGCGCAUCGAAGAACUCGCACCGUUCCCGUUUGCCGCGCUCAGUGAAGCACUCGCGCCUUAUGCCAACGCUAACGGGCGAUUGGAGGUGCUGUGGGUCCAGGAGGAACCUAGGAAUCAGGGCGCUUGGGGGCAUGUGCGGGAGCGUGUCGAGGAGGUAUUGAAGGGGCUGGGAAUGGAGGGUGGCGUGACGUACAGGGGGAGGAGGGAGGACGCUGUGCCUGCGCCAGGAACCGGGAAGGUGUAUGGAUUACAGCAGAGGGCUGUUGUUGAGAGUGCUUUUCAGGGGUUGUAACUGCUCGGUUUGUCAUUUGGCGUCUUUUUCUUUGCAUGAGCUAUAUCCGAGCGACUAAAUAUUAAUAUCAUAGCAUCCUUCGAGUCACUAUCGUCGAAUUAUUCGGAGUCUUCAGUGUUCUUAUCUAAAGCCCCAGCGUCGGUUCAAAUACCCUGUUAUUUACGUAGAGUAAAAUCAAAUUACAAUCCCUUGGUUGAAGGGAUAACUUCGUUCAUG